AUGCUGGACCGUAUUGGCGGCUGCAUGGCUCUGGAGGGCCUCUUUGAACUUGAGUCUCUCUUCAAGGGGAGCUUCGAGCCAUCGUCGUUGAAAAUGAUGCUGCGGUAUCUGACCUCGGCCGGAGGUUGCCCAUCUGUGGGCUCUGCUGUGGGCACGGAGGUUCUCCCCGAUGACCAACCGUUUUCUUGCCGUCUACUCUUCGGCUUGAUUUCAGUAGAGGACGCCGUGGAUGCCCCAUUGGAAGCAGACGCAGAUGACAGUAAAAACUGA